AACCAUCUCUACGCCUCCAGAUACUUCUGUGAGCACUUCAGUCAGCCAUGAGGUUCCUCAACGUGAAGACCUUGAAACUCCAUAGUUUUGAGGACGCCUCUGCAUACCCGCCCUACGCGAUCCUCUCUCAUUGCUGGUAUUCAUCGGAACAGGAGUUGACCUUCAAAGACUUUGAAGAUCUAAGUCAGCACACUUCAAAACCCGGAUAUUCCAAGAUCGUCAACGCCUGCCAUGCCGCUGUUACUCAGGGCUACAUGUGGCUCUGGGCGGACAGUGUCUGUAUCAAUGCAGAAGACACGCUUGAGAAGGAGGAGACCGUGAAAAGUCUUUACUCAAUGUUUUCAAAAGCAGGUGUUUGUCUGCUGUAUCUAAGCGAAAUACCCAAUGCGAAUAUCAAGGAUGAUGAUAAAGAAAUCUUAUCUUCAGCUGCCCAAAAGAGUCGGUGGGCGAGUGGAGCAUGGACUUACAGAGAGUUGAUUCCACCAAACAAGUCGGUAUUUUAUGCCGCUGAUUGGUCUCGACUGGACCCAGAGUUUCAGGCUGAAAUGAAUACCAAUAUAAUUGGAGUCAACCAAUAUAAUGGAUCUAAGGAAGAAAGAAAGCAUUCUUAUUUUCCGUCCCACCCGCCCAGAGUCCAAAGUUCUCAGCGGCAAAGCAGACCAGUCUAUGCUGCUACAGAAGAACAGAUUCAAGCUGCCGAGAACCCAACCCCAACCCCAACUCCGUCACCUCCACCUGGUGUAAUUGAACCUCAGCGCAGAAGUAAUGCGAGCCAAAGCAGACCAGUCUAUGGGCCUUUGGCUGCUACAGAAGAACAGAUUCAAGCUGCUGAGAACCCAACCCCUACCACAACCCCACCUCCGUCACCUCCACCUGGUGUAAUUGAACCUCAGCGCAGAAGUAAUGCGAGCCAAAGCAGACCAGUCUAUGGGCCUUUGGCUGCUACAGAAGAACAGAUUCAAGCUGCUGAGAACCCAACCCCUACCACAACCCCACCUCCGUCACCUCCACCUGGUGUAAUUGAACCUCAGCGCAGAAGUAAUGCGAGCCAAAGCAGACCAGUCUAUGGGCCUUUGGCUGCUACAGAAGAACAGAUUCAAGCUGCUGAGAACCCAACCCCUACCACAACCCCACCUCCGUCACCUCCACCUGGUGUAAUUGAACCUCAGCGCAGAAGUAAUGCGAGCCAAAGCAAACAACCCUCAACCACUACUGAUGGUUCCACCCUAAGAAAUUCAGGGCCGACAGGGACUGGGCCACUGAGCUCGUUUGAAAACUUCAGCUCUGCUCCAACCGUUGAUGAAGCGGAGCGCUCAACGAUCGCUGACGCAGGACGGAACCUAAACAUCACCCAAAAUGGAGCCUUGGACAAAUCAACAUGGGGUUACUCAUACACAGUCAAAUACAGAAGGGGUUUGAGUCAUAACUAUGGUGAUGAUUCCAAUGGAGAUCCCGUUGAUCCACAAGCAAAUAGUCGGAGUGUGAUCAAAAUCCUAAUUCUUGACAAUGAUCAUGCCGUGAGAAACACGCUGGCAACGCUGCUAAAGCGUCUGAUUCCGGCUCAAGUCACUGUUGACAGUGGCGACGUGGUGAACUUCGAGAAAUCCGGUUAUGACAUUGUUUUCGCUCGUGGAGAGGGAACUCUUCUGCUACACAUGCCACCAAACCACUGUCGUCAAGGGGCCAUUCUAAUGCCCAAAAGACCCCUGUUUGCGCCGAACCCAUCCUCUUCUGCUCAAAAGAUAUCACUCCAGGAACAUGGAACACAUCAGGUCAUCUGCGAAUUUCAAAAGCAGAAGUUCAUUGAGAAGCUUGUAUCGUUUGUGCCUGGAGUUGAACAGGACAACGAAAAUGACUGCAUAGGGAAAUUUAACGUCUUUCUAAUGUGGUCAAUAGAUCUCGCUUCUUGCAGCUCUGAGCAGGAGUCUGUAGGUCAAGAUCAGCUAUUGGGUCAUCCAACUAUUGAUUCUGUAACUUCGGAUCUCUUUUGUGAUCAACAGGCCAUGGCCCACGUCCAAGAUGAUUACCGAUACCGUGUCUACCUGAUCCCGAUGAAGGAUACAGGGCCAGCGAACAGCUGCCAUCACAACCCUACCUUAGUUAACAUCCAAAGCCCCCACGAGCAUGGUAGUGUGCAAAGCGAUGCCAUCACCAAUAGCCUAUAUUCAUCAACCAUUGAAUUCAAAAACCAGAGCCAUGGGACACCGCCUUCGACUGUUCCUACUUCUAUGCCGCAUCAGCCCCAAAAUCCAAAAAGGAUCUUGGGUUCUUUGCAGACAACAGAAUGCCAAACGGAAGAAGAGGAGGGUAUACCAUCAAGCCAUCAUAAGGAAAGACAGAAUCAGUGGUCUCCUCGCAAGUCCGAAAAGAAUUGCGCUGAAUUCGAUGCAGCUACAACGUAUUCUUUUGAUACGCUCUCUGAUGACCCCCAGUUGCAAUACUUUCAGGCCUUCAUAGAUCAACUCGCCGAGGAUGUUAGCUCCGAUGCCCAAUGCACAACUAUUAAAAACGUUGGACCAGAAUUCCUUGAAGAAACGCUCAGAGAGUUUGCAUGGAGGCUACAUGGAGAAUCAACGAACACUUUUCAGCUCGAGACUUCUGUGAUCAUCCACCGUAAGAGGAGGCAUAUUGUGGACCUCCUCGAACUCCAAGUUCCGGCAUUUGAGACAGCUGAGAGCGAGUCUGGUCAUAGUUUCAUGAGCUCGGGGAACGCAGACUACGAGGAUGAAAGCCCCACGAAGCCCUUCAGAAAGCCAGAAGAAAUGAUCGUUGACUGGAUAGGCGACAUUGGUUCUGGAGAACCGAACGGCCUUUCACAGAUUCCCCAGUACAGACAGUUCAUCCUAGGAUCAGAGGCUUAUCAAUGGCUUCUAACAAAUAUCAGCCAACAAAGUCGACUAUCUUGCGAAGUGCCUAGCUUGAUGAAUAGGAUUGGCGCUACGAUCAGAAGUAUUUUGAAAGAACAUAUUCCGCAGCACAAAAUGAGCAGAAAGCAAGCAUGCAUCGACUUCGAAAUGACAUACUCUCUGACCUUGGAUAUCAUUGGAAUGAUGAAACGCUCCGGGAUUUCCUCCUCCUUUGGCAAAGCCUUGACCAACAUCCUUUGCUUGACAGGCAAAUGCGACGAAGCGCAAGCUACAAGUGUCGCAGAAUACAUGGCCCAAACAUGGCCCCAAUCUGGCGGUGCCAUUAUUUCCCUAAUGCAAGCCCUUCUAUCAGACCAAGAGAGUUUUUUUAGUCGUGUGUCUCCUAAGGCUGUUCAGUCUAGCACUAGGACAGCGCCUAACUGGCCCGGAACCACUCGAGAGAAUUAUUCUAAUCAUUGUUUUCUUAAGGGUUCUAUGCACAAAGGCCGCAACAGAGACGUUCGAUACGAAAUCACGGCCAGGGGCGGCUACUACGCUGUUUCAGAGGUAGGUGAACAAAUUGCUUGGUUAGCUUCGGUCUUUCGAGAACACAAGCACACCGGCUUUAUAUCGAUCAUGCCACGUGUUACCGAUUUCUCCGCCACAGCCUUGAAUGAUAAAGGUGGAAGUACCACUUCUGUUAUGGGAAAGUGUCGCUUUUCUUUCUCCGAAAUCCCGGAGACCGCUUAUAACCCAAAGCAAGGCUUCUGCUGGGAACGGUUAUUCAGCUCUCUGAAUAUUGUACGAGGCUACCCGAUACUACGACGUUCAGUGCCGAACCCUGGCCUCGAGGUGUCUUUGCAAUAUGCAGCGUCUAUAGUGGGAUCUUCCGAGGUUGUCCAGUGGGGUAGCAGGCUGGUAAUCAAAGGUUUCAACAUGUUGAUGGUUGCUACACAAGCGACUGCUGACGUCGUGGUAUGGCAUCUCCUCGUUAGUCAAAAGCCUGAGGAGCGAAUCUCAUACGUGGAUCCGAGGCUCGAUCAUAUUGAUAUCAAAUCUUCUGAAGAAAUUUCCCUUCGGCAUAUUGAAGGCAAACGUCACAUUAUUGGAUGGUGUACCAAAGCAACAGACUUGUGUGGACAUCACACUGCUAAUCACGAGAUAAAACCUGGCGGUCUACCGAAAUCAUCAGCAUCCAUUGUUGUAGACAAGCUAUACAUAGAAGGUGGAAGUCCUGUUACUGCUGGUGUCAUGCUCGACGUUAACAAAAAGGAACAACCCUUUUGGCUCCAACGAGAGAAAGACUACCCGAGUCUUCUCAAUUGGGUCAAACUUCAACCAGUGAUUUUCUACGAUGUUGAAGAACGCCGUGCAUGGCUUGUCGACGGUGCUUCUGCCCUGCUCCAUCUCGUCCGCAUUUCACUUCACUUAGAUAUCAACGACCCCGAAUCAGCCUACGACUGGGUAUAUGAUCCCAGCAAGCUCAAAGACCACUGGCCAGGUGUUGGGAGUCGCCAAGCGGCACUUCAGACUUUAAAGAACUGGGAAAACAGGGCAUUAAACGUUUACAUCGUCGACAAGCACAUGGAUUCGAAUGGUGUACCUGCAACCAAGUAUUCGACCUUUGAAGAGCGAGUAAAGCGAAUUCUUCACUCCGUAGAGAAGUUGAUCGAUCGACAAGCCCAGGCGGCAUCUCAAGAUGGUAUCAAGAUCUCUCAAACCUUGGACCCACGUCGGGAUGUUGUUGGUUUCGACAUCGUGGAUGUCAUUGAUCCAGCAGUUCCUAUUUACCCACGUAUUCAGCAUCUCAAUUCAUGGGGACACGGAUGGAUCGACCUGAUACCGACUGUUGGUAUCACCGCCCUGUUCGGGCGAGGAUUUGGAGAUCUUAUACGCGCCGACGAACCUGAUUUGAUCUGCCCAAGCUGGCGAUCGGUUCCAGCAGGAAAAGACUAUCUUGCUGCUUCCAUAUCGACAAUGCAGAUGCUCCAUGAGAAACGUCUCCUUAGGAUGGAGCCGGGCCUUAUUGGAGGCGAACUAACCAAGAAGAUUACUUGGGUAGCUGCCAAAGAAGCAUCUUCGUAUUGCAAGUGCCUCAAGGGGCAAGCUAGUAGUGUUGUCCAAACUGCUGGGUCAGAGUGCAAUCACAACCCUGUCCAGUUCCUUGCCAAGAAAUGGUGGUCCCGUACUAUACCGCACGGCUUGAAGCCUGUACAUUUAGGAUCUCUUGAUGCUGAAGGGGCUGUGAUAUUUGGUCACACUGUUCUGGGACUUAGAACUGGGGACAGAUCGACGUCGAGACAGGCAGAUGAUGAUGGCGAGGCGUCGAUGACAAGCGGCGAACAGGCCCAGGAUGCUUCAGUAACUGGCUCAAUCGUGAGUCAGACUACAUCCAUUACUGUCCCUAGUGUCGGCCAUUCCAGCCAUGACGCGGAAAGUGCUCAGGAGAGUUUGGAUGGUACAAGCAACGCGACAGCUGAGGGUAAGAAGAAAAGAUGGUCAAAGUUCAAGAACUGGGUCAAAAGAUGAGUGUUGCAUAGGUUUAUUUGGGUGCCUGAUGUGCUUUUUGAGAACAGACUGUGUACAUAAUCUCAUUUAGAUGGUUUGGGGGAGAUACGAUAUCCGAAUACUUAUUUGUCAGUC